AUGGUCAGAUUCUACGAAGAGCUAAGCGAUCACGAACGAGCUCGUCGUAUUCGUAAUUACGGCACGUUUGACGGUGGACGAAGACCUGUGACAGGAGGAAAUCUAGGGGCAGAUCUAGUAGCAAACUUCCUACAUUGGUUGCUAUCGCAAUUGACUAAGUGCUCGAUAUUCCUUGUAGCCUUAGCGCUUCUUGUGGUCGCCUGUCAAUCACAUCCCGUAAUAUAUACAAUCGGGUUCUUCGUUAUAUGGUGCUUGUUGAUUAUUUACUUCAAGACCAGUUUCGUAUUCUUCUGCCGUAUUGCAUACGUCUUUUGGCUCAGCCUAAUCGUUUACACAUCGGUUGUUAUAAUCUCGUUAUAUGUGUACCAGUUCCCAGAUUUCCCUGAUAUUUGGACUAAGUGGACGGGCUUAAACAAAGAGUGGAAUGACGACAUCGGUCUGAUCAACUACAACAUCGUCGGCGAAUCGGGAACAUUAUUUGUUCGACUAUUCGUUCCGAUCUCGUUAUUCGUUUUGACCAUGUUGCAAUUGAAAUUUUUCCAUGAACCAUGGUUGGCAAUGGUUAGACAAGGUCCACAUGGUCGAGCAUCAGCAGAAGACUAUGAACUCAAAUUUGCAAAUGUAGAUAGAUGGAGGACUCCAACAAAUAAGUCAUGUUAUGUGCUCAACUGUAUACUUAGGAUGCGAACUUGGGCUACAUUUGCAGCGACUAUGUGA